AUGGUGGCGGCGGUCGCCCUCCUACCGGAAGUCAACGCGAGAUACCCUCAGGAUGCGCUCCGGUGCCUGGCCUCCCUGAAGGAACCAGAAGGGCUGCUAAUCUGCCCGGAGCAUAGGAACGGGUACUGCGUGAAGGAGGUAUCGGACUUGGCAGAAGAGGACUGCGGUCGGACGACCUACUUCGGGGACAAGUGGAAUGCUCAGACCGGUAAGUGUGAAUACCGCAAGUGCGAGGCGACCUGCCUAGAGUCCAGCUGGGAUUUUGAGUUCGAGGGGGAGGCGUACGAGAGAAAUAGGUUCUGCUGCGACUUCAACUAUUGCAACGGAAUAUCGAGGCGAUUUUCGAGGGCUGGCAUGUCGGCGUGGGUAUCUGGAGUUGUGGCGUUGCUUCUGACGCUUUUGUACCUUAGAGAGGAGCAAGCCGGAUGA